AUGCCUGGGUUCAGUCCAGUAAAUGGUCAAACCGACCCCGUCACCUGCAGGCGGUGGAUUGAGCCUCAAAUUCCUGAUUUUUCUAUGGAUGGAGAUUUUAUCAUCGGAGGAAUUUUUUUUAUUCAUUCCCACACAAGUUCAGAAAAUAAGACGUACACCAGACAGCCACUCCAGCUACAAUGCUCAGGGAGUAUGAGUUCCAGGGGGCUGCGCUUUGCUCGUGCCAUGGAGUUCACCAUCCAAGAGAUCAACAACAGGACAGAUGUCCUGCCGGGAAUCACGUUAGGAUACCAGAUACACGACUCGUGUUCUGCAGUGUCGAUGGCUGUUAAAGUUUCAUUUCAGUUUGCAAACGGCAUGGAACCAUUUUACAAUGAUACUGAUUCCUGUUCAAAAUCAGCAGCAGCUGCUGUUCCUGCUCUAGUGGGAGAUUCUACGUCCACUCUUUCAAUCAGCAUGACUAGAAUGCUGGGACUAUUUGGAAUUCCACAGGUGAGUCACUACGCAACCUGCGCAUGUCUAAGCGACAAGCGUCAGUAUCCUGCCUUCUUCAGGACCGCGCCUAGUGACCACCACCAAGCGGCCGCACUGGCAAGAAUGGUGAAGCAUUUUGGCUGGACAUGGAUUGGGGCAGUGCGAAGCGACACAGACUAUGGAAAUAAUGGAAUGGCGGCGUUUCUAAAGGCUGCGCAGGAGGAGGGAAUCUGUGUGGAGUACUCCGAGUCCUACUACAGAACAGAUCCGCGCAGUAAACUGGAGAGAGUGGCGAACGUCAUCCGGAGAUCAACAGCCCGGGUAAUAGUAGCGUUUCUUCAAUCAGGCGACAUGUUUUUUCUUUUGCAGGAACUAGCAACAAGACCGCCGCCUCCACUUCAGUGGAUCGGCAGCGAAGGGUGGAUCAUCGAUCAAGAUAUCCUGCGCUUUAACAUGUGCGCUGGGGCGAUAGGAUUUGGAGUUCCCCGCUCGGUGAUUCCAGGUCUUCGUGAGUUUCUUCUGGAUCUCUCUCCAGCACAAGCACUGAAAUCUCCUCUGCUAACGGAGUUUUGGGAGAGCUCGUUCAGCUGUAGCCUAAAAGGCUCCUCAGGGGGCGCGCGGAAAUGUAACGGCAGUGAGGAUAUCCGCGCGCUGCAAAACCCGUAUACAGACACGUCGCAGCUUCGCGUGACUAACCUGGUGUAUAAAGCUACGUAUGCCAUAGCGCAUGCCAUCCACGGUGUUAUCUGUAAUGACACGCAGUGCGACAAGAGCGCUAAAUUCACACCAUGGCAGAUACUCAACCACCUCAAGAGAGUGAACUUCACUACAAAGAAUGGUUUUCAGGUCUCGUUUGAUUCCAGUGGUGAUCCCGUGGCUUUCUACGAGCUCAUAAACUGGCAGGUUAAGGAAGACGGUAGUUUGGAUUUUGUGACGGUGGGUCACUUUGACUCAUCCAGUCCAAGAGGCCAAGAGUUCAGUAUGAACAGAUCAAUUAUCUGGGUGGGACGACAAACCAAGGUGCCGAUGUCUGUGUGCAGUGAGAGCUGUCCUCCAGGAACCAGGAAGGCUGUUCAGAAAGGAAAGCCAGUCUGCUGCUAUGACUGUAUACCAUGCGCAGAAGGAGAGAUCAGUAACAAGACAGACUCUUUGAACUGUGUGCGCUGCCCUCCUGAGUUCUGGCCCAACACCCAUCGAGACAGCUGUCUACCCAAACCUGUGGAGUUUCUGUCCUGGGACGACACUCUGAGCAUCAUACUGACAGUGCUCUCCAUCGCUGGGGCCUUCAUAGCUGUAUGUGUGGCUGCUGUUUUCUACAAACACAGAACUUCUCCCAUCGUCAGAGCCAACAACUCAGAGCUGAGCUUCCUGCUGCUCUUCUCACUGACUCUGUGUUUCCUCUGUUCACUUACUUUCAUUGGUCAGCCCUCUGAGUGGUCCUGUAUGCUGCGUCACACAGCGUUUGGGAUCACCUUCGUCCUCUGCAUCUCCUGUGUUCUUGGGAAAACAAUAGUGGUCUUAGUGGCCUUCAGAGCUACACUUCCAGGCAGUGAUGUCAUGAAAUGGUUUGGGCCUCCACAGCAGAGACUCAGUGUUCUUGCCUUCACUCUGAUACAGGUCCUUAUUUGUACUCUUUGGUUGACAACCUCUCCUCCUCUCCCCUUCAAAAAUCUAAAACAGUAUAACGAAAGAAUAAUCCUGGAAUGUGAAUUAGGUUUAGCUAUAGGAUUCUGGGCUGUGCUGGGUUAUAUAGGAUUUCUGGCUCUUUUGUGUUUUAUUUUGGCUUUUCUAGCACGGAAGCUGCCUGAUAACUUUAAUGAAGCCAAGUUCAUCACAUUCAGCAUGCUCAUAUUCUGUGCAGUAUGGAUCACCUUUAUCCCAGCUUAUGUCAGCUCUCCUGGAAAGUUCACUGUAGCUGUAGAGAUAUUUGCUAUUCUGGCCUCAAGCUUUGGGUUGACGUUUUCUAUUUUUGCUCCCAAGUGUUUCAUAAUCAUCUUUAGGCCAGAGCAGAAUACCAAGAAACAUCUUAUGGGUAAAGCAACCUCCAAAUCUCCAGUAAAUGGUCAAACCGACCUCGUCACCUGCAGGCGGUGGAUUGAGCCUCAAAUUCCUGAUUUUUCUAUGGAUGGAGAUUUUAUCAUCGGAGGAAUUUUUUCGAUUCAUUCCCACACAAGUUCAGAAAAUAAGACGUACACCAGACAGCCACUCCAGCUACAGUGCUCUGGGAGUAUGAGUUCAAGGGGGCUGCGCAUCGCUCGUGCCAUGGAGUUCACCAUCCAAGAGAUCAACAACAGGACAGAUGUCCUGCCGGGAAUCACGUUAGGAUACCAGAUACACGACUCGUGCUCUGCAGUGUCGAUGACUGUUAAAGUUUCAUUUCAGUUUGCAAACGGCAUGGAACCAUUUUACAAUGAUACUGAUUCCUGUUCAAAAUCAGCAGCUGCUGUUGUUCCUGCUCUCGUGGGAGAAUCUACUUCCACUCUUUCAAUCAGCAUGACUAGAAUGCUGGGACUAUUUGGAAUUCCACAGGUGAGUCACUACGCAACCUGCGCAUGUCUGAGCGACAAGAGUCAGUAUCCUGCCUUCCUCAGGACCGCGCCUAGUGACCACCACCAAGCGGCCGCACUGGCAAGAAUGGUGAAGUAUUUCGGCUGGACAUGGAUUGGGGCAGUGCGCAGCGACACAGACUAUGGAAAUUAUGGAAUGGCGUCGUUUCUAAAGGCUGCGCAGGAGGAGGGAAUCUGUGUGGAGUACUCCGAGUCCUACUACAGAACACAACCGCGCAGUAAACUGGAAAGAGUGGCGAACGUCAUCCGGACAUCAACAGCGCGGGUAAUAAUAGCGUUUAUUCAAUCAGGCGACAUGUUUUUUCUGUUGCAGGAACUAGCAACACGACCGCCGCCUCCACUUCAAUGGAUCGGCAGCGAAGGGUGGGUCACCGAUCCAGAGUUUCUGCGCUUUAACAUGUGCGCUGGGGCGAUAGGAUUUGGGAUCCCCCGCUCGGUGAUUCCAGGUCUUCGUGAGUUUCUUCUGGAUCUCUCUCCAGCACAAGCACUGAAAUCUCCUCUGCUAACGGAGUUUUGGGAGAGCUCGUUCAGCUGUAGCCUAAAAGGCUCCUCAGAGGGCGCGCGGAAAUGUAACGGCGGUGAGGAUAUCCGCGCGCUGCAGAACCCGUAUACAGACACGUCGCAACUGCGCAUCACUAACCUGGUGUAUAAAGCUACGUAUGCCAUAGCGCAUGCCAUCCACGGUGUUAUCUGUAAUGACACGCAGUGCGACAAGAACGCUAAAUUCACACCAUGGCAGAUACUCAACCACCUCAAGAGAGUGAACUUCACUACAAAGAAUGGUUUUCAGGUCUCGUUUGAUUCCAGUGGUGAUCCCGUGGCUUUCUACGAGCUCAUAAACUGGCAGGUUAAGGAAGAUGGUGGUUUGGAUUUUGUGACGGUGGGUCACUUUGACUCAUCCAGACCAAGAGGCCAAGAGUUCAGUAUGAGCAGAGCAAUCAUCUGGGUGGGACGACAGACCAAGGUGCCGGUGUCUGUGUGCAGUGAGAGCUGUCCUCCAGGAACCAGGAAGGCUGUUCAGAAAGGAAAGCCAGUCUGCUGCUAUGACUGUAUACCAUGUGCAGAAGGAGAGAUCAGUAACAAGACAGACUCUUUGAACUGUUUGCGCUGCCCUCCUGAGUUCUGGCCCAACACCCAGCAAGACAGCUGCAUCCCAAAGCCUGUGGAGUUCCUGUCCUGGGACGACACUCUGAGCAUCAUCCUGACAGUGUUCUCCAUCACUGGGGCCUUCAUAUCUGUAUGUGUGGCUGCUAUUUUCUACAAAAACAGAACUUCUCCCAUCGUUCGAGCCAACAACUCAGAGCUGAGCUUCCUGCUGCUCUUCUCACUGACUCUGUGUUUCCUCUGUUCACUUACUUUCAUUGGUCAGCCCUCUGAGUGGUCCUGUAUGCUGCGUCACACAAUGUUUGGGAUCACCUUCGUCCUUUGCAUCUCCUGUGUUCUGGGGAAAACAAUAGUGGUCUUAGUGGCCUUCAGAGCUACCCUUCCAGGCAGUGAUGUCAUGAAAUGGUUUGGGCCUCCACAGCAGAGAUUCAGUGUUCUUGCUUUCACUCUCAUACAGGUCCUAAUUUGUGUUCUUUGGUUAACAACAUCUCCUCCUUUCCCCUUCAAAAAUCUGAAACAAUACAAGGAAAGGAUUAUUUUAGAAUGUGAAUUAGGUUCAGCAGUAGGAUUCUGGGCUGUGCUGGGUUAUAUAGGAUUUCUGGCUCUUUUGUGUUUUAUUUUGGCUUUUCUAGCACGGAAGCUGCCUGAUAACUUUAAUGAAGCCAAGUUCAUCACAUUCAGCAUGCUCAUAUUCUGUGCAGUAUGGAUCACCUUUAUCCCAGCUUAUGUCAGCUCUCCUGGAAAGUUCACUGUAGCUGUAGAGAUAUUUGCUAUUCUGGCCUCAAGCUUUGGAUUGACAUUUUCUAUUUUUGCUCCCAAGUGUUUCAUAAUCAUCUUUAGGCCAGAACACAAUACCAAGAAACAUCUUAUGGGUAAAGGACCCUCCAAAUCUUUUUGA